GUCGGCGCGCUUGCCCGCCGCGGCCGCUGUGUUGGAGCCCCGGAGUCCGCCGAGAGGCCAGCAGAGCCGCCAGCAUGUCGUACAUGCUCCCGCACUUGCACAACGGCUGGCAGGUGGACCAGGCCAUCCUUUCGGAAGAAGACCGGGUGGUCGUCAUUCGGUUCGGGCACGAUUGGGACCCUACGUGCAUGAAAAUGGACGAGGUUCUGUACAGCAUCGCGGAGAAGGUUAAAAACUUCGCAGUUAUUUAUCUUGUGGAUAUUACGGAAGUACCCGACUUCAACAAAAUGUAUGAGCUGUAUGACCCGUGCACCGUCAUGUUCUUCUUCAGGAACAAGCACAUCAUGAUCGAUCUGGGCACCGGCAACAACAACAAGAUCAACUGGGCCAUGGAGGACAAGCAGGAGAUGAUCGACAUCAUCGAGACUGUGUACCGGGGCGCCCGCAAAGGCCGGGGCCUGGUCGUGUCCCCGAAGGACUACUCCACCAAGUACCGCUACUGAGCGCCUGCCGCAGGCUGGGCGUGCUCGCCCGGGAGGCCCUUCUCGUGGCGAUGCCGUGAACUCAGGACCCGCGAGGAGCGGUCUGGGGAAGGGCACGAGGGCCGCGCGGCCUCGGCCGGGAGUCGGCCUGGCGGCGGCACUUCCAUGUCCACCAGUGUCUGUGAAUACCCGGUGGAAGUAAACGUGCGCGGUGACAGGCGUGUCCCAGUGUUUGUUUCUUGUGCAGGUCGCUGGUUGUGGAAGAACCUAAUUCUUUAGCCUGGAGAGACGGGCGGGGCGUCCUGUGGCUGCUCCACGUUGCACUCAUGGCGGCGAGGUCCCCGCCUCCCGGGCUGCUGGGAUGCGGGCCACAGCCUCGGCCCCUCGGCAGGCGCCUGUGUCUCCCCAGCCGGAGGCUGGGUGUCCAGGGACCAGGCGCCUCCCAACCCACCCCAGUCUCCGCCUCCUCUUUUCGAGGCCUCUUCCCCAAGUUACAUCUGUGUCCACAUUUCCUUUUCUUUUUUUAAAAAGUUACUUUUAGAGAGAAACAUCACUUUGUCGUCCCACUUAUUGAUGCAUCAUUGGUUGAUUCUUGUGCCCUGAGGACCGAACCCACAACCUUGACGUAUUGGGACGAUGCUCUAACCAACUGAGCUCCCCGGCCAGGGCUAAGUGUCACCUUGUUAUGAGGACACUCAUCCUGGGAUGAGGGCUGCCCAGCUCCAGCAUGACCUCAUCUUAACUAAUUACGUGUGUAGCAGUCCCGUUCCCGCAGGGUCACACCCUCAGGUCCUGGGGGUCAGGGUUACCAACGUGUGUGUCGGGGGUUGGGGGUUGCGUGCAGUUCAACCCACAACAGAAUCCAAGCGUGUCUUCUGGGCAUAAAAACAGUGCAAUAAAAUAACUUGGUAGGCCUUUCUUUAAAUACAAAGAGUGAGCUGCUUCUUAACUCCUCUUAAGGUUGUAUCUAACACACUGUUCUCCGCAGAGUCCAUGAACCCUCGGCCUCCACAUC